CACGCUGAGUGGGUGGGGAAGUGCAACGCAAAGGCAAAAAGAGGUCAAGGGGAGGGGAGGAGAAAACCACGUGUGAUCAGCACCAUGUACAGCACUGUCCUUCCUCGGUAGACUUGUUUUUGUAAGCUUGUACCCUUCGCAUGUAGCCAGCUAGCCUGCGUUAGCCGAAGAAGCAGACUGUUGUAUUUUCUUCCACGGACUCACAUAUUCAAGCAACGCUGCUUGAGGAUUUCUGUUGCCACAGUGACUGCCGACCAUGGUGAGCAAGACAGAUGACAUCCCGGCGUCAGUGCCUAACUGUAAUCCGGUUGAUCUUGCGGAUGGAGCUCAGGACAGCAAAGAAACCAGUAAGACACGUCUGAAGGAUUCCUGCGGCUGUGGGCACAGUGCAGAUACAGCCAUGGUGAAUGGUGAUGGGGCUCAUGAGCGCACAGACGAGGCAGAAUCAAAGCAGGAUGGGAACAGUGAGACGGAUGGAGGAGAGGAGUCUAACGAACAGGAAGUGAUAGUGAUCCAGGACACGGGCUUCACUGUUAAGAUCCAGGCACCUGGAACGGAGCCAUUUGACCUGCAGGUAUCUCCCCAGGAAAUGGUACAGGAGAUCCAUCAGGUGUUGAUGGACCGGGAGGACACCUGCCACCGCACCUGCUUCUCCCUGCAGCUGGACGGAAACGUGCUGGACAACUUUGCUGAGCUCAAAUCCAUUGAGGGCCUGCAAGAGGGCUCGCUGCUCAAAGUGGUGGAAGAGCCCUACACAGUGCGCGAGGCCCGCAUCCAUGUGCGUCACAUCCGAGACCUGCUGAAAAGUCUGGACCCCUCAGACGCUUACAACGGAGUGGACUGCAACUCCCUCUCCUUCCUUAGCAUCUUCACUGAUGGAGACCUUGGAGAUAGUGGUAAGCGGAAGAAAAAGGGCAACGAGCUGGAGCAGAUUGACUGCACCCCCCCAGAGCACAUCCUGCCCGGCAGCAAAGAUCGCCCCCUGGUGCCCCUCCAGCCACACAACAAGGACUGGAAGCCUAUGCAGUGCCUGAAGGUCCUGACCAUGAGCGGCUGGAACCCUCCACCUGGAAACAGGAAGAUGCACGGUGACCUCAUGUACCUGUACAUGGUGACUGUGGAGGAGCGUCACGUCAGCGUCACUGCCUCUACACGCGGCUUCUACCUCAAUCAAUCGACUACCUACACUUUUAACCCUAAGCCAUCCAAUCCCAGCUUCCUGAGCCAUUCUCUGGUGGAGCUGCUCAGCCAGAUCAGCCCUGCCUUCAAGAAGAACUUCACUGCGCUGCAAAAGAAAAGGGUCCAGAGACACCCCUUUGAGAGGAUAGCCACGCCUUUUCAAGUGUACAGCUGGACAGCUCCGCAGGUAGACCAUGCCAUGGACUGUGUUCGAGCUGAGGAUGCCUACACCUCCCGCUUGGGUUAUGAGGAGCACAUACCUGGACAGACCAGAGAUUGGAACGAGGAGCUGCAGACCACCAGAGAGCUGCCCCGGAAGAACCUGCCUGAACGCCUGCUCAGGGAGAGGGCCAUAUUUAAGGUCCACAGUGACUUUGCAGCAGCUGCCACUAGAGGCGCCAUGGCGGUCAUCGAUGGCAACGUAAUGGCCAUCAACCCUGGCGAGGAAACACGCAUGCAGAUGUUCAUCUGGAACAACAUCUUCUUUAGCCUGGGCUUUGAUGUACGGGACCACUAUCGUGAGCUGGGUGGCGAUGCCGCUGCCCAUGCCGCGCCCACCAAUGACUUGAAUGGAGUACGGGCUUACGGCGCAGUGGAUGUGGAGGGUCUGUACACUCUGGGCACGGUAGUGGUGGACUACCGAGGCUACCGUGUCACCGCCCAGUCCAUCAUCCCUGGUAUCCUGGAGCGUGAGCAGGAGCAGAGCGUCAUCUACGGCUCUAUUGACUUUGGAAAAACGGUUGUUUCUCACAGCAAGUACCUGGAGCUGCUGGAGAAGACUAGCAGGCCCCUGAAGGUCCAGAGUCACAACGUGCUGAAUGAAAAAAAUGAGGCGGUGGAGCUGUGCUCUUCUGUUGAGUGUAAGGGAAUUAUCGGAAAUGAUGGCCGACACUAUAUCCUGGACCUUCUUCGAACCUUCCCGCCUGACCUCAACUUCUUGCCUGUGGAUGGAGAGGAGCUGCCUCCGGAGAGUCUGCGCCAAGGCUUCCCCCGCCAGCACCGCCACCGCCUGGCUUGUCUACGCCAAGAACUCAUCGAGGCCUUUGUUGAGCACAGAUAUCUUCUCUUCAUGAAGAUGGCGGCAUUGCAGCUCAUGCAACAGAAAGCGAACAAGGACGCUAAGAAUGAUGUACCUGCCAUCACAGAAACUGCUGAAACGCCCUCAGAAAGCAAUGCUGACACAACCCAGACACAGACCACUGCAUCAGAUUCUCCCAGUGCAACGGAGGUCUCCACGGACAGCACAAGCCAGACCGAAAACGACACCGUUGCUGCCUCACAGGCAGCGACUGACGGUGAAGAAAACCACUCAAAGCCUGCCACAAACGGGCAUCUGGAACCCGCAGUUACCCAGAAUGGGGAAUGCAAGAGCCCAUUGGAGGGUAAGGAGCUUGAGGAAAGUAUUCCAGGAUUAGCUCAGGCCAAAGAGCUAGCAGAGACCUUAGUUGCUGAAGAUGGAUCUUGUAUUGAUCCAAAAAGCCGUGAGGUCGUCCUCAAUGCCUGCAAGGCAGUCGGCUCCAUCAGCAACACAUCCUUUGACAUUCGCUUCAACCCCGACAUCUUCUCCCCAGGAGUACGUUUCCCAGAUGACAGCGCAGAUGAUGUCCAGAAGCAGAAGCAGCUUCUCAAAGAUGCUGCUUUCUUCCUGGUGUCUUGUCAGAUCCCAUCACUGGUUAAAGACUGUUUGGACCACAGCGCUCUGCCCAUGGAUGGAGCCACACUGACAGAGUCCUUGCACCAGAGAGGCAUCAACGUUCGUUAUCUGGGCACUGUUCUGGAGUUUGUGGACAAGACCCCGGCUAAAGCCCAGCUGGAGCACUUCUAUAGAAUAGGAAUCAGUGAGCUGAUAACCAGAUGUGCAAAACACAUCUUCAAGACAUACCUACAGGGUGUGGAGUUGUCUGCUCUUUCUGCUGCUGUAAGCCAUUUCCUAAACUGCUUCCUGAGCUCCUUCCCUGACUCUGUCGCCCACCUGCCUCCUGACGAGCUGGUGUCACGCCGCAAAAGCCGCAAACGUCGCAACAGGGUCCCCGGCGGGGGUGACAAUACGGCGUGGGCCAGCCUGACACCAAACGAGCUGUGGAAGAACAUUGCCUCUGAGGCUAAGAGCUACUAUCACUUCACCAUAGAGUGCGAAAGUGUGGACCAGGUGGUGGAGAAAUACGGCUUCCAGAAAACCACUCUGCUCAGAGAAAUUUCAGUCAAAACUGGCAUCCAGAUUCUGAUAAAGGAGUAUAACUUCGACAGCCGCCACAAGCCUGCCUUUACAGAGGAGGACAUCCUGAAUAUUUUCCCUGUUGUGAAGCACGUGAACCCCAAAGCCUCAGAUGCAUUCCACUUCUUCCAGAGUGGACAGGCCAAAGUGCAGCAAGGUUUUCUGAAGGAGGGCUGUGAGCUGAUCAACGAGGCUCUUAACCUCUUCAACAAUGUGUACGGAGCCAUGCACGUAGAGAUCUGUGCCUGCCUGCGCCUGCUGGCACGCCUUAAUUAUAUCAUGGGGGACCACCCUGAGGCUCUCAGCAACCAGCAAAAGGCUGUUCUGAUGAGUGAAAGAGUCCUUGGCAUCGAGCACCCAAACACAAUUCAAGAAUAUAUGCACUUGUCUCUGUACUGCUUUGCCAACGGCCAGCUGUCAACCGCCCUGAAGCUGCUUUAUCGUUCCCGUUACCUCAUGUUGUUGGUUUCCGGGGAGAACCACCCAGAGAUGGCGCUGCUAGACAGUAACAUUGGGCUUGUACUGCAUGGAGUGAUGGAGUAUGAUUUAUCGCUGAGAUUCCUGGAGAACGCCUUGACCAUCAACACAAAGUACCAUGGAUCCCGGUCCCUCAAGGUGGCCCUUAGCCAUCAUUUAGUUGCAAGGGUUUACGAGAGCAAGGCAGAGUUCCGCUCUGCACUGCAGCACGAGAAGGAGGGUUACACCAUUUACAAGAACCAGAUGGGCGAGGCACAUGAGAAGACCAGGGAGAGCUCAGAGUACCUGAAGUAUCUCACCCAACAGGCUGUAGCUCUGCAGAGAACCAUGAAUGAGAUCUACAAGAAUGGCUCCAACGCCAGCAUCACGCCCCUCAAGUUCACAGCACCCAGCAUGGCCAGUGUCCUGGAACAGCUCAACAUUAUCAACGGCAUCAUUUUUAUACCGCUCAGCCAAAAGGACCUGGAGAACCUGAAGGCAGAGGUGCAGAGGCGGCAGCAGUUGGGAAAGAGCGAAGAGCCCACUGAGGACAGGCCACUGGAACUAGAGGACAAAAUUCCCAUUGAUUAAUGUAUAAAAGCCUUCAACACGGCUACUUUCUGCUAUGGGGGGGCGGGGAGAGGCCGUGAUGCAACAGCCAUGUCACUGAGCCUGUGGACCCGAGAACCGAGUGGUCUACAUCAGCAUUGAAAUAAACGGGGAGGAAUUGGUUCGGGGCAGUCCAGAGAACCAACUGUAUGCACUGUAGGACAAAGGAAUACAGAGUGGGAAUUUCCUACAAGGUAGGAAGGGAGGAAGGAGAAAGUACAAACAUAGUAUCAAUGUGAAGUGCAAUCUGACAAAUCCCCAGCCUAAGAGCCGGGUGAUGUAAAGUCACUCAAGGUGUUAGCUGCUUAGAAAUAUGAUUGCAUAUAAAAGGGUGGUUGCAGCUGGGGGAGGGAGACCAAGGUUGACCAUGACAUUGUAUACCGGAGCCUUAUCCACUGUAUCAUAUUCCCCCAAUAAUGCUUUUUCUCAGCUCAAACUCCUCAAAUCCCACAGCACUGUUAGCCCAGGACCAUAUUUUGCCCCCACAAAGAGCCUCGAAGACCCUGGGCAUUUAGCCACCCUCCAAAUGGUGCUCAAAAUAAGCACCUACCCUGCCCUAAAACUCAGGGUUACUUUCUACUGUGCAUUAAGACCAGAAUACAGUCACUAAAUUUGAGAUUUUUCAAGUGGGGCUUCAUAAUAUCAAUUCCUUUCUUAGUGGCAUCUUUGAGCCACUUUGCAGCACUCACCCAUCGCACUCGCACGUCCCUGAUGGUUAAUUAAUUUAAUCCUAUCAUUUGUACUUACAACAUCCCAGGUGGGUACCUGCGAUGUCCUAUGGUUCCUGUUUCUCCAAUCAAGCAAAACUAAACAGUGACACAUUAGUGAGCUUUAGACCGGUUUGAUUUCAUUUGCUGAAAUUUAUUUUUUCUUUUUUAGUAAAUAAUGGAUUUUGUAAAAGUGCACAGGAGAAAUAAGGAGGUAUUUUAGGCCUGUUGAUCAUCAAUUAAUUUAAGCCAUGUCUGUUUUAUAGAAAAUGUAUAGAAGUGGAAAAAAGAUGUAUAAAUCUCUAUUGGAUUUAGACAGGUACUUGAUUGAUGUUUAUGGAAAAUGCAGAUUUAAAACGUCCACCUUAAGCAGUAAAUGUAUCCAUCUAUAUACUAGCUGUGCUCAAUCUUCUAUUUUUACACAUUGAAAGAAUAUGUGCAUGUAUGUUUUGUAUGUGUGACUGUGUGUGUGUGUGUGUGUGUGUGUGUGUCUUUGUGUAGUCAAACGGAAAAUCUAUUGGCCAGGGCUGUUGCUGCUUUUGCUGCUGCAUAGUUUGAAUAGAGGCUAAAGCGAACAUUGUCUUUCCAAAUGUUUUAUUUUUCUAUGCAUUGUAAACCUGUUGGAUGACUGAUGCCUCUUUUCUUAAAAUAUUCAUGGCCACCAAUGUUGUAAAUCUGUUUAUGAAUGAAUUGGUACUGAAAUGAACCUCUUAUCACUCGACAGGUGGUCGGCAUUGGCAGUAUUGACUGAUGUGUAUUGUUGCCGGGUGUGUUUUCUUUUUUUUUUCCAUUAUUGGGUCAUCUUUUCAUAUGUAACUGAGAUAAGAAAACAGCCAGGAGCGUCUGUUCAUUGAGCAGUAUUUAGUUCACUUUCUCGUGCUCGUGUUUGAAUGUGUGAUCAUGUCCACAGCACAACCAAAAGUGGACGAAAGAAGGGCUGCUUCAAUGUGAUGUACCAAAAAAAGACUGAUAAAGGUUUGUUUGCGCUUGUAUACAUGCAAUGUAUCCUUCCCAUGGCAAUUUGUUACUUAAAUGUUGCCGUGUCUAAAUGUAUGUGAUUAAAGCAAUAGAGCGAUGGUGCUGUAA